CAACAACUUCAAUUUCUCAUCAUAUUCUCACAAUGCCUUCACCUCAUCCCGAUUUCGAGCCCAUCUCCGAAUGCAGCUCGGAAUCGAGAUCGAGCCAGACCGUCGCAUCCAAUCUCGAUGGCACCCUCCUCGUUUCCCGCAGCCUGUUUCCAUACUAUUUCCUCAUAGCCCUCGAAGCCGGAAGCAUUUUCCGAGCUUUCCUCCUACUACUGUCUUUCCCAUUCGUUUUCUUGACUUCCGUCCUGUUUUCCGAAUCCGCAGCUACUCGUAUCUAUAUUUUCAUCUCGUUUGUCGGGCUACAGAUCCGAGAUGUGGAGCUCGUAUCGAGCUCGGUUUUGCCACGAUUUUAUGUGGAAGAUGUUCGACCAGAGACAUGGAGGGUGUUUAACUCGUUUGGAAAGAGGUAUGUGGUGACAUCAAGCCCAUCGGUGAUGGUGGAACAUUUUGCGAAGCAUUUUUUAGGGGCCGAUAAGGUGUUCGGGACCGAACUGGAAGUUUCGAAAAAUGGUCGAGCCACCGGGUUCGUUACAGAACCCGGUGUUCUUGAUGGCGAGCUUAAAAAAGCUGCCAUUUUUCGAGAAUUUGGAGGUUCGAAUUUACCUGAUUUGGGUCUUGGAGAUGGUGAAACUGACAAAGAUUUCAUGUCCAUUUGCAAGGAAGGAUAUACAGUACCGAAAACGAGAUGCGAGCCGUUACCAAGAAACAAGCUUCUAAGUCCGAUCAUCUUUCAUGAAGGUCGUCUUGUUCAAAGGCCUACACCGCUCGUCGCUCUACUCACCUUCUUAUGGAUGCCGAUCGGCAUUCUCCUCUCCAUUCUUAGGGUUUACCUCAACAUCCCGUUACCCGAAAGGAUCGUGUACUACAACUACAAGAUCCUCGGCAUCAAACUAGUCGUCAAGGGCACCCCUCCACCCCCUCCUUCCCAAGGCCAAAGCGGCGUGAUCUUCGUGUGCAACCAUCGAGCCGUUAUCGACCCUGUGGUCACCGCAGUGGCCCUAGGACGAAAGAUCAGUUGUGUCACAUAUAGCAUUAGUAAAUUCUCUGAGCUAAUUUCUCCAAUUAAAGCUGUGGCGUUGGCACGGGAAAGAGAUAAAGAUGCCGCACACAUCAAGCAAUUACUCGAAGAAGGCGAUCUCGUGAUAUGCCCGGAGGGAACGACAUGUCGGGAGUCGUUUUUGCUAAGAUUUAGUGCACUUUUCGCCGAGCUCUCCGAUAGGAUCGUCCCAGUGGCGAUCAAUACGAAACAAAGCAUGUUUUAUGGGACGACGGCUCGUGGGUACAAGGUUCUGGACCCGUAUUUCGUGUUCAUGAACCCUAGACCGACAUAUGAGAUAACGUUCUUGAAUCAAUUGCCGUUGGAGUUGACUUGCAAAGGCGGGAAAUCAGCAUUUGAGGUGGCGAAUUAUAUCCAACGGGUGAUUGGGGAUACGCUUGGAUUCGAAUGCACAAAUUUGACUCGAAAGGAUAAGUAUGCGAUGAUGGCCGGAACCGAUGGUCGAGUCGAGAGCAAGAAGGGUAAGUCGCAAUAGAGGAAUUGAAGCUUGAAAGAUCUUGAUUCGAUUCGGAUAGUUUGUUGUUCUAUUUUUUCAAAUAAGUUUUCAAAAAUCUAUAAGAACAAUAAAGUUUGUUUAUAUUCCCGAUUAAACGAUCAUAAGUUGUAUAUUAGUACGUAAUUUGUAUACAGGUUUUCAUCCCGAA